GCAGACAGAAGGCUGCCGCGUCGGCAAAUGACAGCCAGCUUUGCAGGGCCCUUCGGUUUUCUCACGAUGAAAGCUACGCGGAUUUGAAUGUUUUUCUCGUGUAUAUGCCAGUUGUUUCUUUCCUUGCUUAAUACACAACCCCAAUUUGGGAAACGGGUUCUUUAUUCGAAAUACCCAUCUCCUGUUUCGUCACAAUUGCCUGAAAUCUCGAAGCUCUUUGGCUGGAUUUGAAUGAGAAAGGAAGAGGAAAACCGAAUCAAAUUUGACGUCGCCGCCUUAACUAACCGACAACCGUAGGUUGUUUCGCUUUCUCUUUGGUGGGGUAGAUGAACAAAUUUCUCUAGAAGAUUUCGAAGUUUGUGUUUCCAUUGUGUUUGAAUAGAUAAAAACCCCAUUCAGUAUGAACCCUUUUGUUCUCUUUCUCUAGAAUUUUAAAGAAGAGAAUUUUUGAGUUAGUGGUAAGGGAUUGGUUUUUGUUUCGGCAAACAGCCCAUCUAGAAAAUUUAGUUCUUUGGGUGUCUGUGUAUUCAAUUUGUUUUUUUAAUCAGUUGUAGUUUGGGUGAAUCACCAUUUAUUAGAUCAGGGUAUUGAUGUUUGAUGUAUUAAAUCUGUUGUCUCAGUGAAGAAUUGAGUGGUUUGAUCACUGGGGAGCAAAACCAUUUAACAUUGCGCAGUGGGUUGGUCCUAAAUUUUUUAUUCAUCCUAUCCUUCUAACAGAAUUGGAGAUUUUCGAAGUUUGAUUUUGUAAAUCCUACAGGAAGGUUUAUGAGCAUUAGGAUUGUACUUCAUAUUGUUGAUCUGUAAGUUGUCGAGGCUGAGUUUUAUCGUGAGAGAAGAUGGUUGGAACUACGGAAGGAAUGGCCAAUAGUGUGUACUUAAAUGGGUCGGUUCAGAAUUCAAAUGGUGUUCAAGAAGAAAAGCUUGAUGAGCUUCGGCGCCUCAUUGGAAAAGCCGAGGGUGAUCCAAUGAGGAUUGUGGGAGUUGGGGCUGGUGCUUGGGGCAGUGUGUUUGCAGCUAUGUUGCAAGAUAGUUAUGGUCACCUAAGAGACAAGGUUCAAAUUAGGAUAUGGAGGAGACCUGGAAGAUUUGUUGAUAGGGCAACUGCUGAGCAUUUAUUUGAAGUAAUCAACUCAAGGGAAGAUGUGUUGAGGAGAUUGAUUAGGCGUUGUGCAUAUCUGAAGUAUGUUGAGGCAAGAUUAGGUGAUCGAGUUCUUCAUGCGGAUGAGAUUUUGAAGGAUGGAUUUUGCUUGAAUAUGAUAGACACCCCACUUUGCCCCAUGAAGGUUGUGACCAACUUGCAGGAGGCUGUGUGGGAUGCUGAUAUAGUGAUAAAUGGUUUGCCAUCAACAGAAACUCGUGAGGUCUUUGAGGAGAUUAGUAAAUAUUGGAAAGAAAGAAUUACAGUGCCAGUCAUCAUUUCCUUAGCAAAGGGUAUAGAGGCUGAAUUGGAGCCAGAACCCCGUAUUAUAACUCCCACUCAAAUGAUCAAUAGGGCAACUGGAGUUCCCAUGGAGAAUAUUCUCUAUCUUGGUGGACCGAAUAUUGCCUCAGAAAUUUACAACAAGGAAUACGCUAAUGCUCGCAUAUGUGGAGCUGAAAAAUGGAGGAAACCACUAGCAAAGUUUUUAAGACAGCCUCAUUUUAUAGUGUGGGAUAAUGGUGACCUUAUAACCCAUGAAGUUAUGGGUGGUUUAAAGAAUGCCUAUGCCAUUGGAGCUGGAAUGGUAGCAGCUCUAACCAAUGAGAGUGCCACCAGCAAAUCAGUGUACUUUGCACAUUGUACAUCAGAGAUGAUUUUUAUUACCCAUCUUUUAUCAGAAGAUCCUGAGAAGCUCUCAGGGCCUUUGUUGGCUGACACAUAUGUAACCUUGUUGAAAGGUCGUAAUGCAUGGUAUGGCCAAAAGUUAGCUGAAGGGGAACUGAGUCUUGAAAUGGGUGAUAGCAUCAAGGGCAAGGGGAUGAUUCAGGGAAUCUCUGCUGUGAAAGCAUUUUAUGAGCUGUUAAGUCAAUCUUGCUUGAGUAUCCUACACUCUGAAGAAAACAAGCCUGUUGCUCCAGUUGAGCUUUGCCCCAUCUUGAAGACCUUGUAUAACAUAUUAAUAGCAAGGGAGGCUUCAUCACAGGCCAUUCUUCAAGCACUAAGGGAUCAGACCAUGAAUGAUCCACGAGAUCGGAUUGCAAUGGCACAAACCCAUGCUUUUUAUAGACCAUCACUUCUUGGUCAGCAGCCGUGAUAGCAGACACGCCCCCAUCAACUUACUAAUUCUCGCUGCGUGACCAUUUAGGUAGAUCAUAUAGAGAAGGUUGCGAAGUUUUGUAUGGCAUCAUUGUAGAGAGGAGUUAAAUCAUGAGGACAGGGUCCUAUGAUGAGUUUUGCAUGAGAUUUCUGUGUUUGACUUUGAUUCCUUCAAUUGUUAGUUGUGGUUUUAUGUCACAGAAUGGAAAUGCUUGCAUGAUGUUUGAUGGCUUCACUAUUACCACCAACAAAAUUGGUAAUAAGAAGAGAAGGUUGUGCUUGUGUGUA